ACAGGAGAUGACCAGAGACUGCGGACACAGUGCAGGGGAUGACCAGAGACUGCAGACAACAGUGCAGGGGAUGACCAGAGACUGCGGACACAGUGCAGGGGAUGACCAGAGACUGCGGACAACAGUGCAGGGGAUGACCAGAGACUGUGGACACAGUGCAGGGGAUGACCAGAGACUGCGGACAGUGCAGGGAAUGACCAGAGACUGCGGACAGUGCAGGGAAUGACCAGAGACUGCGGACAGUGCAGGGAAUGACCAGAGACUGCGGACAGUGCAGGGAAUGACCAGAGACUGCGGACAGUGCAGG